ACAAAACAAGAGUAGAAUUUAAAAAAAAUGCACCUCAAAUUAUUUAUAAAAUAAUUUUUAAGUAUUUUAAAUGUAUUUAUAUAAAAAAAUAAUUUAUAAAUAAAAUGUUAACAAUAUGUGAUUUGAAUCUUGAUUGUCUUGUGCGAAUAUUCUGCUACUGCAGUCCAUCUGACUUGGUCAAUUUAUGUCGUGCCAGUUCAUUUUUCAACUCGGUCAUAAACAAUCAUAUUUAUUUUGCCAAAACACUUGAUUUACUUUUAUGUGGACAUCGAGAUGAUCCAGCUAUUUGUGAUAGAACCUUUGAUGAACUUUCAUAUCGAAGUCGUCUCUCAAUUGGAGCAAAUUGGCUCAAUGGACGCUACACUGAAACCACUUACUUUAACAGCAAUCGAAUGUGUGCUGCAAAAAUCCACUUGGACAAAGACAAUUUAUACAUAACUCACCAAAGAUAUUUGAGAAUUCAUAAACGUUUGAGAGACGAGCCAGUAAAAAGGCGAUGCACCGAAGAAAUUUGCACAAAUUCCAAAGCAGACAUUUCGGAUUUCUCAAAGAAAAACAACACUAUUUUUGCUGGGCGUGUUUAUGGCAGUGGAUUUAUUUAUGAAGAGGGCAUUGUCACCGAUGUCCGUCUGCACGAUGUUAGCGAGUAUUUGUGGUGCGUUGAUUUCAGCAACAAUCUGUUCCUGUCGAGUACGGAUAAGUGCACAAAAAUGUGGCAAAGAGCUGACCAAUUUGGUCUGCUUUAUCUAGACUUGGCUAAGGAAUACCCUGAAUCUUAUAAGACAAUGCAGUUAAAUCAAGAUGGUGAUAGAUUCUAUGGAGGCUUGUACACAGACAAAGAGAAUAGAGCGCUUAGAGAAGUUGAUAUCGAGACUGGAACUCAACGUAUUCUUAACUCUAAAACCUUCUCUAUUUAUGACCUAAAACUCAAAGAUGACAACGUAUUCUUUACCGCUAACUUCGACACAACAUUCCGAAUGUACGAUCGGCGAGUGGACGCUGACGUUGGUAUAUGGGAAGAUCAAUUCGGUUCGUCGAUCUAUUGUCUCGAGUAUGAUGGUCUCUAUGCAGUUUUGUGUGGCGUCAAACAUCAUUGUCGAGUCAAUUUGUAUGACAUUCGAAUGCCUGAGAAAUGUGUCCAAAUAUACUUUCCUUCGGCGAGAAAUGGCCGCAGUUCACCUGUUUACAGUAUAGCAUGCGAUAGUCGAUAUUUAUUCGUAGCUACCGAUCGUAAUUUGCGAGUUCUUGAUUUUAAAGCAGAUUGGGCAGCUAAUCGAGAUUAUAGGAAUUUAUUUAAAACCGUUAUUAGAGGCUAAGUCAGUGUUCACAAAACAGUGUUGGGCCUUCUUAUGUGAACACAGUAUUGUAAAUUUUCAUUUAUAUUUUACCAUUUUAAAAAUUUAUUUUGAACAAAAGUUUAAAAAGGUUUUUUAAAAUCCGUCUGGUACGGGUUUUUUUUUGUAAUUUUUCGAAUAAUGUUGAUAAGAAAAAAAAUGAAUUGAAUUUAAAGA